AUGGUAGGAAGAGGGUGGUGGUUGCUGGUGUGGACACUGUGCGCUGCUUGGACGGUGUGCGUUGUGCAUGGAGGGUCAGUGUGCCAGCAGGGGCAGGAGUUUUACAACAGUCAGCAGGGGAAGUGUGUGCCAUGUACACGCUGUCAUGGUCCCCUGGUUGUUGCAGUGCCUUGUUAUGUGUACCAGGAUGCUGUUUGUGCUCCGGCGACUCACUUCAUCCCAACCUGGUCAAGGCACAAUGGACCCCAAGCCCCCAUCACCCUCUCCACACCCACCACCCUGCAAAACCAAACAAAAGAGGAACGUGGUCAUGGAAAACGGAUUCCAAAGCUUUCCGGUGGUAGUCACAGUCCAUCAGAUAGCAAAAAGUCUGGUCAUCACGGAAGCACAACUAGCAAAGAUAGUAAUGCCACCUCACAUAAAAGUAACCACAAAAGGCAGAACAGUAGUUCGAUACUUAGCCAAAAUAACACGGAGAAAAGCAGAAGAGAAAACUUGAAUCACCACCACCGUCACAAACACAGUGGGGAAAGGAGUGACCACAGAUCACAUGAUAAAUCUAUGGUGGUGAUGAAAGGUGCCAGUGUUAGUCAGAGAAGUGGUGGUGCUAGUGAGGACGUAAGUGUUAGUGCUGUCAGUGUGUCAGUUAAUGGAGUUGACAGAAAGGGUAGUAGUGAUAGUGAGUCAUUGAGUGUGGACAUCAGUGCUGGUGCUAAUAGUGAUAAGGACAGAAACAGUGACAGUCAAGAGCUGGAGACAUUUGACUGGCAAAAAACGUUAUUUUUCACAACUAUCAUUGUUAUAAGCAUUAGUAUCAUCGUGCUCAGCGUUUUUAUAAUUAGUCAUUUAAGAAAUAUCUUCACACGGAGGAAACUAAAAAGAGUAGGUGAAACUAUGCCUGAAGAAAGUAGUGGUGAAGUAACAGUGAUGGCACAGCUACUGUCAGAAAAUUCUACAACUACACCAAGAACCGCGGUUGUACACAACCGGUAUGCCGGGACGGGUGCAAGAAUUGCUACAAGUACAGCCAUCAUUACAUCAACAAGUGCAGUUAUAACCAGUGGAACAUCAGCACAGGACUCUGAGCGAAUGCCUGGCCAAGUGUACCCACCAAUUCCUUUCACAAUGGACAGGCUGCUGGAACAACGAAGAGUACUGGGUCCUGCUUCAUCAGUUGACACAAAUCUGUACAUUGAGAGUUGGCAGCAGCAGGAUAACCAACCAGCCAUUCAGUUCCCAUCAUCUGCCAGCCCCUUGGUUACCCACCGGAGUCCUCCACAGAGAUCAGUUUCUGCAUGUCCAAGUCCAGUACCUGUGCGGACUUAUCGGCUUGGACCUGCGUCAGCCUCAGCAAGUCCUGUUGUCUCUGCCAGAGGGUUAGGGCCCCCGAGAGGACGUAUGCGAGGGACUUUUGUGUCACCUGCCUACACAUUGUCUAAUAGUAGCAGUGGUGUAGCGUUAAGUGGCUGUAGCUCUCUUGCUACCACAUAAUGUCAAGCCAAUUGAGUGUGGAGCAAGGUUAUAAGGUAAGCUAAAGUAACCUCUUGGAAACCAAGAUCAGUCCUGCAGGUAAUGCUAUUCAUACUUUGUCAGAUCACAUACAAGUACUCUUGCCUAACAAAGCAAGUUGAUGUGAAGACAGUGUUACACUAUUUUGGCUUUCCCAACUUGGUUUACCCAAGCUAUAAGCUACUCACGUGGCAGCUCAUCCAUGUAGAGGCUUAACCCAUACAACUUUUAACAGCCCAACAGUGUGGUUGUUUAUUCUGUAUUCCACCCUGUGCUCACUUGCUCAUUAUAUACCCCAAAUCAGCUGAUGGAGAACUUAAUAUUGAUUCAGUUGAAAAGGUAUGAAACCUCAUAAUCUGCAAAUUAUUUUUAUGUAAGAACGCCUUCAUAUAUAACUUUUUUCAUUCCCAUGCUCAGACUUGGAAGCUACUUUUCCCAUAGAAAAUACUUUAAUCAAAAUUGUCAAUUGAUAAAAUUGAGAGGAUCAAGAUAAACAGUACAGCUCUAAUCGUAAUGCAAUGUCUAGGCACACAGAUGUAACAAAGUGUUGGGGCACAUAUUGAUUUAUAUGUAUAUAUAGGCUAGAGAGUGUAUUUAUAUGAGAAAUGUAAAUAGACAUUUUUAUUUGUGUGCCAGUGUCUUGAUAGAAGUUUGUGGAUGGGAUUGUGUGAUAGUUAAACAAUGCACUGGAUCUAGUGCUACCAAGCAUUAGAUUGGAGUGCACCAAAGCUCAAGUAUCUUUUUUGAGGUUAAACACUGCUCAAUGUUGUAUUCUGGGUAACAAGUGGAAUUUGGUUUGCCCAAAUUUUCUUUGCUCAUAGGUAAACACCAUUAUGCAGUGCAUGGAAUAUAUUUUAUAAUAGUUUUUUGGCAUGUUUGCUUGAUGGGAAAAUGAUGUGAGUAAACAUAUUUCUUGUGCCAUAUCAGGUCAUCCCAUUUUGACAUUAAUUACAGUGCCAUAAUGUGUGAUACUCUUUUGUCAGUGGGUAGAUGAUACUUAAUCUGAAUACUGUGUUCAGGUCAGAAAAUCUCAGAACUGAAAAGGUUACUCAUUAUCAUCUUAAUAGUGUAUGUGCCUUGUAUGCCACAGGUAUUUUUAACAGCUUGAAGAGAAAAGCAUUUAGCCUUAAUUUCUAUACGGAAAGUUUUAAUUGUUGAAUCCUGCAUGAUGUUCUUUUACAUUUAUCAUUCUUUAUUACAAUCUGAAAGUUACCUUAUAAUACAGAUAAUUUUAUAAUGGCCAUGAGAAAUCGAAUCUCCAGGAAACAGAUCUAAAGUAAAUAUAGUAAUCUCCACAUAUGAUUUAUAACCAGGUUCUUGAAUUUACUUGGUUAAAGACAAACAGAUACUGUGCAUUAUAAUGCAUAGGAGAAGGGAAAUUAGUACAAAAUUUCAGGAUCACUUCUACUAGAUUAACUGAAACAUGAAAAAAAGAAAUAAUAUUAGAAUGAAGCCUUGGGAUUACUCUUGGUCUUAGAAAUUAUUUAGUCACUUGCAGUAUGAAUAUUAAUGUCAAUGUUGUUACAGGCUUUUUGAAUUAGAUGAUAGAUGUUCUACUUGGAAGUAUGAUGAAGUUUUGAAAUUUCCAGUCAUAUUAAAUGUGUCUCAUGUUGAGUUAUAACAAUGAAGUAAAUGAUUAUGUAGGUAUUCAUAUACAUGCAUUUAUGGACAUAUAUUUAGGAUUGGGGCAAGAGUAGAUGUUCUUGCCAUUAAUUGAUAAUUAGUAAUUGAUAUGACAUGUGUGAUAAAUUGCCCUAAGAAUUUUUCCAUCUUCAUAAUAUAUGAUUUUAAUAAUAUUGUAUUAAUGAUUGUAAAAUCUUGUGAUUAUCUCUCUUGCCUUGUGGGUUUUGUUUGAAUUUAAAUCACAUUUGAAUUUGAAUUGUCUUCUAUACAAAUUAAACUUAUUUUUUGUGCUAAUUCAUUCACUGAAAUGUUUAAAGGAACAAAGAAAUAUGCAUGUAUAUGUAUAUAUAUUUAUCUAUCCAUAUAUAUCUAUAUAUAGAGAGAGAGAGAGUGAGUGAGUGAGUGAGUAAGUGAAUGAGUGAGUUUGCGUGUGAGUGAGUUUGCGUGUGAGUGAGUUUGCGUGUGAGUGAGUUUGCGUGUGAGUGAGUUUGCGUGUGAGUGAGUUUGCGUGUGAGUGAGUUUGCGUGUGAGUGAGUUUGCGUGUGAGUGAGUGAGUGAGUGAGAGAGAGAGAGAGAGAGAGAGAGAGAGAGAGAGAGAGAGAGAGAGAGAGAGAGAGUGAGUGAGUGAGUGAGUGAGUGAGUGAGAGAGAAAGUGUGUAGAUUUUUCCUUGAUAUUUUGUGAAUAUAAACACUCAGUAGGUGGGGUGCACAGGGAAAUUUCAGAAAUAAUAUUAGAUUUUGAAACAUAAUGCAAAUAAAUGGAUGUAGGUGGAUUAGUUCUUGUGAUUUUUGUUUUUUUUCCUUUCUCUCUCUCUUUUCUUUUAUUUUGCACAUUUAUUAAUUAUUUAUUUGUAUUCAUUAGAAGACAUUUGCUUCACAAUCAAAGAACUCUCUGUUGCAUGAUUUAACAUUUCAAUUAAAAAAAAUUGUUAAAAACAAAAGAAAUUUCUAGAAUCAAAACUCUAAGGCUCCUAUUUCUAUUCGAGAAGGCUCAAAUGCUUUUCUGCUCAAUUUUUCAUAUGGAGGAAUGGUUUCGUACAUGAUUAAGUUGAUCUUGAGUUCCAGAUGUAUGUCAUAAUUCCAGGGAAGAAUAAUUCCCUAAAAGAAUAUCACAAACAAAUGUCUAGUAUCUAUUUUGUACAUUUCCAUAAUCAAAAUGUGUGACAAAGUGGGUAUCUUUACAAUCAGCUGUUAUUUUUUUUCUUUCUUUUACAAGCCACACUAAUAUACAUUUAUUUUCAUAUGAGUCAUAGAAAUAAGAGUAACUAUUGGCAGAAAGUACAAUAGAAAUCACUAGAUUGAUGUAUGUAACAUUUUGUCAUCAAGGUUGCUCAUUUUAGUGUUUUCAGACAAUGACAUUGAAAAGAAUUUUCACAAGAUGGAAUCCCUAGUCACAUGUACCUCUAGCAGUAGGCACAGAUUAUUUUAGUAGAUUGGUGUAUUAUAUGCAGUGAAAUAUUUCUGUAGAGAUCAUCCAGUAUCCUUACAUCCAGAAACCAAGUUCUUGGCAUUAGAUAAUAUAUCACAUGCAGAUACUGCAACAGGAUAUAACAUUAUGAUGCAUUGUGAUGGUAUCAACAGAGAAAGCUGAUAUGAACACACCUGUGAAUAAGAGGUAUACAUUAAUGAACUUAAAAUUAAUAUAAAUAAACGAAAUUGCAGUAUACUCUUUUACUGUGUGGCUUCUUUCUAUAAAGAAUAUUAAUGUAGGAAAAGUUACCAGAUUUCUUUUUAUUGAGAUUAAAAAGACAUUCCAGAUUACUCUCAGACUACUCUAUGAUGCUUUCAGUUUUACAUAUGGCUAGGGGCCCUUUUCCAGACCCUUCAAGGUAGGUGACCUGCAAGAAAACAAGAUAUAGGAUUUUUUUUUUUUUCUUUUUGAUUAAUAGGACUAAAGAUAAUUUCCUCUCUCAAGUACAGACAAAAAAGAAGAGGAAUGUAAAUAGGUAUCUGAUAUCACAGACUAAGCAAGCAUUUUUUUUUUUUCUUUUUUUUUCACUAAAAAAAAUUAAGAGAUAGAUUUAGUUGAAUUGUGAAACAGGAGUAAAGUGCAAUCAUGCAGAGUUUAUCAGGUAUAGAUAUUAUUUUCUAAAUUAACAAAUUUAUUUAAUACCCAUCCUGUUUCCUUGGUCAGAUUUAUAUAAGAAGGAGUUUAUAGAAUCUCUGUUAGAGAUUAUAAAAGUUGAUAGACUGUAAAUAGUCAAGUUCAUCAUUCAAUGCAUCAUUAACAUUGAAGUUGAAUUUGCUUUAGGGUAGGGUAGAAGCAUGUUACCAUUAUUCAGAGUAUAGAGUUAAAACCUUAUGCAAGAUUACCAAGUUGAGUAUAAAAGAAGAACAUAUGUAGCCAGCUAUUAACUAAUCGUCAGAAUAAUCGUCAUAAGUUCCGUAUAGUACAGAUAUACCUUUCCACAAAUAAUGAUCAUUAGUUUCUACAGAUUUUGUUUGAUAGGGUGCCAUCCUUUUUGUCUUUGGUCAAUAUUGUGAAUCCAUUUUUCUACCAGUAGGUGAAAUAGUAGGUGAAAGAAUACAAGGUUUCUCUCUCUUUGUUUCAAAUUACAAAAUUACGUUUUGAGAUUUCAGUGAAAUUCUGUCUUUAUUUGAGGCUAAAAUUUCUAGACUUCCAGGAAGCCUUCUGUUUUUACUAUACAGAAAUAUAUUAUACUGAAUUAAGUUACAUUUUUUCCAGAUGAUGGUACAAAAAAGGGAAAUCAUAAAUUACAAGAUGUUUUCAUUUGAAUGAAAAUUUUAAUAUAAAAAAAGUAUAUUUUGUUAUGUAAGUUGUUAAGGUAUUUUUUCCAUAGGGUGUCUUGCAAAACUUUAUAAAGUGAACUUUUGAGGAAAUUAUUUUCAGAAAUUUAUUAUCUUAUAGUUUUAGUAUGUCUACCUAAAUAGUAAAGUUUUCUCUCUGCUUGUAUUUUAGAUUACUAUAGAAGGGAAAUUAAAUGAUAUUCAGAAUUGUUACAACAAUAAGUGUAUUUACAACAAAGUAAUGCAGUGUUACCAAGCUAUUUUAAAGUAAUAUUGAGUGGUUGGAAGUAGGUUAUUUUUCUUUUCUCAUUUUAAUGCCCCAAAAGGAGUGCUAGGCACACACUCCUCAAGAAGUCGUAAAUGUAUAUUUGGCAGUUGCAUUGUAUAAUUUGAUUAAAGGUUGUGAUGAUUAACAUAGAAGACAAAAGAAACAGAUCUUAUUUUGUUCCAGAUAUGAUAAUGAUAGCUAAUUAAUUGUGUUUUGCUAAAUAUAAAUGGCUGAUGACCUGGUAAAGGUCAGUCAUACAUUUUUAAAGGCAUAUAUGUCAGAAUAGUUUUAAUGAAUGUAUUACUUAGCAUGUGUUAGAUGUUUAUUUUAUGUUCUCUGUAAAAGGUCUUGAUUAGAUGAUUUUGUAAACUUGCAUAAGAUCUCUAAUAAUGUGUCCUGAUAAAUAAUUGUACUUUUGGGGGAGUACAUUUUGUAAGUCAUUUACCAAUGCAGGUUUAUAAGCUAUUUUAAAAGGUAUUCAAAUACUCAAACAUUGACUUCAAUGUAAAUGAAUUGUACAAGGUAUAAAGUUAUUUGAAAAUUAUGUAAUAGAGGAGGCUUACUGAUUUUUUGAGGAAAAUGAUACUGUUGUAGAUCAAGGGAAAAAAAUUCACAUACAUUUAUAGUGUAUAUAUGCAAAAAUGCCUUUUGCAAAGACUUAAAGCAUGACCAAUGCCAUAGAACUGCAGUAACCAAAAGGAAUUAGAAUCCAUCGGUAAUAGUAGGGUGAAGACAAUGUAAGGAGCUAAAACUUGUGUGAAUUUGUGCCGUAAAGCAAGCUCUCUAUUUCCUCACUAACAUGCUGGUGUUGCCACUGGCUAGAGGUUCAUUUGUGCUCACCUUGAAAUACCUGCACAAAUGACUGGGCUAUGGGAAAUUUCUGGGUGUGUACAAGAGCAGAACUCUGGCACUGCGAUCAUGUACUGAAUACAAUUAAAGGAAGUAUUCAUUUCCGAACUUGGAAAAGAUGAAGCUCUUGUUUAUAUCAAGUUGAUUCCCCAUGACCACGUUAGGUGAUCACUUAAUCUAGGAUACAUAUGAUUGUAUUUUAUAUAUUUUGCUCAAACAGUGUCUAGAAUCUGGCCAUAGUCAAGAUCAACAUAUCGUUACUCCAGCAAGGGAGGGGACAAGAAAAAAAAAAAAUAGAACAUGAGCUUUAUUUUUGCUACUGGAUGUGUUGUGUAUUCAUGGAACAUUAGAAAUUGUGAAUAUAUUUAUUUGUAGUAACUAGGGUCACAAAUUCAUAAAUCAUUGUAAUGAUGUGCAAUUAUGUGUUGUAAAUACAGUAUGGAUGAGUUAAUAAAAUAUUUCUUAU